CAAAGGCACAUUGGGAUACCUGGACCCUGAAUACUACAUGACACAGCAGCUGACGGAUAGAAGUGAUGUAUACAGCUUCGGGGUGGUCUUGCUGGAGCUUAUAACUGCGAGGCCACCUAUAGAACGAGGAAAGCACAUAGUGAGAGUGGUGUCUGAAGCAAUGGACGAUCAAAAGGACAGCAGCAAACUCGAUCAGGUGGUAGAUCGGAUUCUCACACCUCAUAGAGACCCUGAUGGCCUGCAAAAGUUUAUCAACUUGGGCAUGAGUUGUGUACAAGAAUCUGCAGCAGAGAGGCCUUCAAUGGGGGAGGUGGUGAGGGAGAUUGAGAAUAUCAUUCAGAUGGCUGGAAAAGUACUUACUUCAUCUUCCAGCUUUGGGGAGGGUAGUAAUCAUGGGAUUAGGAAUAGUAACUCUUAUGAUAAUAGUAAGGCCUUCGAUUAUAGUGGCACUUUCUUAUCUUGGGCCAUUGAUAUGUGAUUUAGAGUAUUAGUAGAGGUAGAUUGGUUGUUUGUCCAUGAGUAGUGUAUUCUUGAGAUAUAUAAGUGAUGGUUGUUGUAAUCAGUAACUGCAAGUCUGCAACUUUCUUUAAAUCUUUUUUUCAACUUGUAAUAUCCUAGAAAUAAAUGUGUCUUGAUUAUCCUAUC